AUGACUGAGACAGUUCUUAUUUUCGGUGCCUCCGGCAACAUGGGCGUGUCAGCCGUCAUCGCCGCCCUGCGCUCUGGCCGCCAGGUCAUUGCCGUCGUCCGCAACAAGGCCAACGGCGAGAAGAUUUACAAGUACGCCGGCACCCGUGAGGGCAUCACCGUCGCCGAGGCAGACCCCACUUCCGAGGAUUCGCUCCGAGCUCUCGUCGACCAAGUCCGUGCAGGAAAGCUACCCAGCUUCCAGCACGUGUGGGCGUCCUGCGGUGGCAUCUACUGGGAAACUCCGCUCCUCGAAAUCGAGUCCGACGCGUUGCGCGAGAUCUUGAAAGUGAACGUCGAAUCCUACAUCUAUGCCUACCGCGCAACUGUGCCCUACUUGCUCGAGAAGGGCUUCGCGGGUAGCACUUGGACUGUAUGCACCGGCGCCCAGGGUAGCUGGGGCCACCGGGCGGGCCCGGCGAUCUCUCAAGGCGCUCUUUUCAGCUUCGCCAUUGCGGCCGCUCGUGAGACCGAAAAGACCGUCAUCCGCUUCAACGAGGUAUACCUGGCCUAUCGCGUUCAGGUCGAGGCGGACGGCCCGGAUUUCUACGGCAUGCCCCUCCAAUCAUCCGAGGCCUUUUCGCCCUUGUACCAGAAGGUCCUUGACGGGUCUGAUAUCAAGGGCAGCCGGAUCAGUGCUCAUGGUCCCCAGGACGUCAUCGACUUGUCCGUCAAGAAGUUGUUCUGA